UUCCGCUGUACCCUGAAUGCCUCAUAAAGUGACUGGGUGGAUUGGAUUAAUCUGCGUCUCCAGGGAAUUCCGGGAUCCUCACAUGACACCAGAUCUCCUCUUUAUUGGUCCGAGGCACGUGUCUUAGAGAGCCGUAGUACUACGUCAUCACAGCGUCUCGCAGCCAAUCAGAAAUGAGAACCAAAAUCUGUAGUGAAAGUAUUUGAGCGGCGUCUUUAUCAGGCACUUUGGUUCUGCUGGAAGCAUCAAUAAUUGUGUGCAGGGAGCCGGACAAAUUAAAUAGACUCCAGUUUAUUAAAACCCUUCUCACUGAUUUUAAAUGAAAAACAGGAUCGAGUUGAGCCAUGAGGAGUUUUACCACAAACUGAAGCAUGAUUUUCUUUCUUUCUUUGUGCGUUUUUACAGCAAAAACAAUAUAAACUAGUCCACCAAGAAGGAGGAGAACAUCAUUUUGCCUUUUUUUUUUUUUUGAGUGAGAAAUAUCGUAAAUAAUUGAAAGUGAACAGGACAAAACGGAAUUGGAAUUACUGAUUUAAGGGCGCAGAAAAAAAACAGGUGCUGGGGAGAUCAAGCUGCAUCAUUAUGGAGGAAAAUGCUCGCCGAGACCCAGAGCAGCCAGAGGACUCCGGAGAUGAGUCCAACCGGGCCAUCCUGCCUCUCCUCCAGCCUCCUGGCAACCAGCAGUCCCACACCAUCACCAACUUCUACAUAGACAACAUUUUAAGACCGGACUUUGGUCGAAAGAGGAAAAACGGGACUUUGGUCCGGGAGGGAGACAGUCUGGGAGUGAUUAUACGCAGAGAGGAGCUGAGAGGGAGAAAGUCUUCCAAAACUGGCAACCCGCAGCAGGGUGGAGCAGAAGGGGAGAAAAAGGAGGACACGGGAGCAUCCGAGGAGCAGCAUCCGGACACUGAGGCCCGGAGUCCGGACCUGAGGGCCGGGGACGAGGACCCGAAGGCCAGCUCGGCCCCUGCCUCCAAGCCGAUGCUGUGGCCCGCCUGGGUCUAUUGUACCCGCUACUCAGACCGGCCGUCCGCAGGGCCCAGAUCACGUAAGCCAAAAAAGGCACCAACCCCGAGUAAAGAGGACAAGCGGCCCCGGACGGCCUUCACCGCAGAGCAGCUCCAGCGGCUAAAGACUGAGUUCCAGAACAACCGGUACCUGACCGAGCAGCGCAGGCAGAGUCUGGCCCGGGAGCUGGGCCUUAACGAGUCUCAGAUCAAAAUCUGGUUUCAGAACAAACGGGCGAAAAUCAAGAAGGCCACCGGGAAUAAAAACUCUCUGGCGCUGCACCUGAUGGCGCAGGGACUGUACAACCACUCCGCGUCCGGCAAGGACGGCAAGUCGGACAGCGACUAAAAGGAGGUCUGGGACCAGAAGGGGGGUGAUGAACCAUGCAAUAAAAUCAUUUCAGUACCAGCAUUCAUAUUUAAAAGUCAACCAGAGACAGAUAUCCUGUUUGUUCUUUGCGUGUGCGCGUCCUCAGGGCUGGAGUUAAGACGACGUCCGAUCCAAACGCAAACCUGCUGCUGCGUAAAAGUCAGAACUUUCUGUGGUGCACAAGCCGAAACUCACGUGUCCAGUUAGAAUAGAGUGGUAUGGAGGGUCCAGUCUGCAGGCCCUGUUUGGAUGCUGUUGGUAGAAAAACAUGAAUGAGGCUUUUUGUUGGCACAUUUCACAAUAAAGCUCAUUUUAGAUAGGCCUACCAUUUUUUUUUCAUUUGGGAUUAAAAAUGCGUUUUUCUUUUUGUAUUUGUUUGAAUAAAAUGAUGAUUUUUCAUUCCGCCACUGACAUCAGGUAGCUCAGAAACACCUCACAUUUUUUUUUAGCCUACUUGGCUUCUCCUUUGGAGUAUAACAUGCACAAUACUGAUAUUCUGAUAUGUGGCCUAUAUAUGGGAUGCAUCAUUGUCCAAAGAGGUGGACAGCUAGAACAAAUUAGGGUGUUAUUAUGAGAAUUAUUCAAACAUAAAAGGCCUAUAAAUGGACACAACAUAACGCUAAACUCCACAUUGUAGAAGGGGAAACUAAGAGGCGGGGCAGUGAGUCAACACCAUCCAAUAGGGGCCGAGGACACGAGGAGACAAGGAGACAAGUGGACUGGACAGCCGUCACGCGCACUACAGCCCAGUGAGGAACUUGACUGAUGAUGAAAACUUAACUAUAUGCUGAAAUCCAAAGAUUUUUCCUGCUGCAUUCUGGGAACUGGGAACGGAGAAAAAAAAGCCUUCUUUGUGUGUUUUGUCCUUUCUGACUGUAUUCUGGCUAUUUUCUGAUCUUUUUGUCUUGAUUCUUAAUGUGUGCUGUAGUGAAUGUGGUGUCAGAGUUUAGCCUUCUACAGCCACAUAGUUUAUUAUACGAGCUGUGUGAUGAAUUCUGCGUCAUAACUGAAGAUUUUGGCGCUUCUGACGCGCAGCUCAACACGAGGGCCAAUUCCAGCAUUACUCUGUCUGAUCUCUCGUUUUGAACUGUAAUUUCUGUUAAAGGCUUAUGCGAAAAUAUGUCCAUUUAAAUAAGCCGAAACCCAGUUCAACCAUUCACAAUCUGUCCCAAAGCCAGUGCGUCAGGAACAGGGAGAGCGCACCGAACACUGUCCAAGAUAGGCAACGUUUUCUUUCUUAUAUUCUUAUUUAUAUACUCUGAACAUCUAUAGCCAUGUGGAAACGGCCCGGAGUGUUUACAUAACUUAUUCUUUUCUGUUUGAAUACUAUAGGCCUGUGCCGGCUCCACUUCGUGUGGAUCCAAACCAAAUCGUGGUCUUAUGAUGCUGUGAAUGUUACUUUUUAUUUUUUAUCGACUGUGUUAUACUGCAAGUCAGUUUAUACCUUGCGUUCAAUUUCAAACCUGGACAAGUUUCUGCCUUAAAAGUUGGAAAAAACAACCCUCAGAUGCUGACAGCGUCAAAGAAAGAGCAGCUGUUUUUUUUUUUUUUUUUUUAAAGAAAAAUAUUAAAUAAUGAACACAGUUCGUUGUUUUUCCUGCCUCUCAGCUGAAGUUCUCUUUUAUAUGAUACUACAUGUAAAUAAUUUAUAUCAUACUGGAGUGAUGGAAAAUAAAAUACAGCGAUGCAAA